AUGUCGGCGUGGUCUUUCGAAGCGUACAUCGGCAUACCAUUGGCCGCAGUUGUUCUGUUGCUCCUCCUAUCGGACAUCUCCUUCCUCCAGAAGUUUGCUUGCAAACUCAGCAACCUAUCCUUCACUGUUGGAGACUACGGCAUUUCGCUCAGCCUGGGCAUGGUCACUAUUGCAUCUGCUCUAUUCGUGUCGCAAUGGAUGACGUUGCGCGGUCUUGAUGCAAUGAAGGAAACUCAGCUCAGCGACUUGACCACUGUAGAGUUGCAGGAUCGGUUCUUGAUGAAAGCAUGGAGGGCUGAGAGAAAUUGGUGGAUCUCGCUUUUUUCACUGACUUUGUGGCUUAUGGUCUGGAGGUCUGCCACUUGGGUACAGGGACUCAUUGAUGAGGAACAGAAGGACUCUCAGCAAGGCGAGUCUGGUCUAACCGGUGACCUGAAGGUGAAAGAGAAGUCUAAAGAUGCUACAAGCACUGUUGUUGACCAAAAGAAGCCAGCGGUCUCCAAGGCAGCUUCGCCAGCGGUCUCCAAGGCAGCUUCGGAGGUGGAAAUGACGAGUAUGAAGAAGUGAGAUAUCUGUAGCGGCAACUAUACUGUGUUUCUAUUC